AUAUAUCACUUGAUUGCGGCAGCCAAGCGGGCUCGUGCCGCGAUUGACAAGCCGGACGCGUUCUGAUCUCGGACUAUUAGGAUAAUGUUGUAACAGUUCCUUUUGACUUUUUUGUGAAAAUGUGGGGGAUCUGGUGUGCUGUUUUGAUCUAUUUGACUACAUUCCGUUCAACAUGCUACGGCCAGACAGAGAAUUUCACAACCCAAGCCCCAUACCCCAUCUACCUUCCCCUUCGCUGCUCAUCCUUAAGACCUGGAGACGUAGACCUUCAAGGCAUAGAUCUCAUAGCCGUAUAUCAGCUGGACGGGCCCAAUACCACAGGAGUAACCCAGGUCCGGGGGUCCCAGGAUAUGCAGAGGGCCUAUAGGAUCAGCGAUGGGGCUAAUUUGACUAUACCUUUAAGAAAUGUCUUCCCAUCCGGCCUUCCUGAUCAGUUCAGUGUGGUAGCCACCUUCAAUGCCAGAAGCCAGAUUAAGCCUUGGAUGAUUGUACGAGCCACUAAGACUCUUCAGUUCUCUCUCACUUUGCUGCCUCGUAUCGAGAAGUUAGCUGUGCUUGUGGAAGGAACUAGACUGAUCUUCGAUUGUGAGAAGUUGUUCAGACCCGGAUGGCAUAAGCUGCACGUAGCUGUAACCAAUGAUACGGUCCAUGUAGCCGUUGAUUGUGAGGAGCUGGUGCCACAGAACAUCACGAGCCACAACUUGAAGAAUGCCACCACACUGUCAGUCAUGGCGCACGAGGAUGGCACCCCGGCUGCUGUAGAUCUCCAGUGGUUGUCUAUGUACUGCAGCCGGUAUAACCUGGCCAAAGACAGCUGCGAAGAAAUCGAUGAACCAGCACCCAUAGUGUCUACCGCUUCUCCUCGAUUCUUUCAGUUUGAAGCCGGAGCUGACAGGAUAGAAUUCCCUGCUCUCAACACCUGUAACCAAUCCUGCCCGCCGGGUCCUAUAGGUCCACCGGGGCCACAGGGAGAACCGGGAAUCAGAGGGUUUACAGGUCUACCCGGUGUACGUGGCCUUGAGGGGCCUAUGGGGCCCCCAGGGCUCCCGGGGCCCCAAGGCGAGAGGGGCGAGCGGGGACCACCCGGGGAAGUUACAUCAGGAACCGUAGGGGUAGCCGGCCCGCCAGGAAAACCGGGAAAGUCGGGUCGAAAAGGAGAGAGGGGAGACACAGGACAGAAAGGUGAGCCGGGUGAAGCAGGGCUGACGGGUCUAGGCGGCCUACCAGGAGAACCAGGCAGAGAUGGUAAACGCGGCUCACCUGGGCCUGAGGGGCCUCGAGGGUUCCCGGGACUCCCUGGACCUCCAGGCACCGCUGUUAACAUUAACGCUUCACUAUUACAAGGUGCCAAAGGUGACAGAGGGGCACCAGGCAGACGAGGUCUGGAUGGGAGUCCAGGACCCGCUGGCGCCCCCGGGGCGAAUGGUGCCACGGGCCCACAGGGGCCACAAGGUCCUGCAGGAGUACCGGGGCCUCCGGGUUUUAUAGGCCUCCCUGGGUCAAGCGGACCUCGUGGUGAACGAGGCCAAGACGGAGCACAGGGUCGGGAAGGCCCACGAGGCCUGCCAGGCCCACCAGGCCCACCGGGCUCCAACGCUGCCCAGGGUACUACUGUUCCUGGACCACCUGGACCUCCAGGGACCACUGGUCAGAAAGGUGAACAAGGUCUGCCCGGCGUGCCCGGUACUCCAGGAAUCGACGGCGCGCCGGGCACCCCAGGACAGAGAGGGCCACCUGGUAUUCCGGCACCACACAGUUUGAUAUCACAGGCAUCAACAAUAUCCGAAAGUGAAGUAAGAAAUAUUUGCGAAGCCCUUAUAAGAGAUCGUCUUAAGGAAUGGACGCAAGGUCUAGCAGGCCCUCCCGGGCCUCCAGGAAUAGGCAGGAGAGGCCCACCUGGAAAACCUGGAAUCGUUGGUGCACCUGGCACCCGAGGUGAACCUGGAGAGACCGGGCCUCGCGGAUACCCCGGCGAGGUCGGCGAACCCGGUAGGCCGGGCGAGGCCGGACCCCGCGGCGACAAGGGCGAUAAAGGCGAGAGGGGGGCGGAAGGACGAGGUCUACCAGGCCUGGAGGGUCCAAGGGGUAUCGCAGGUCCUAUUGGCCCACCUGGGCCCGCUGGAAGAACAGGAGACAGAGGAGAGGCUGGUAGAGAAGGGGCUAUGGGUCCCCGAGGGGUGCCUGGACCGCGUGGCUCCUGCGAUUGCCCCACGGCCGCGUUUUACGCGUAUCCACAAGGACUGAACAAAGGACCAUAAACUCACAACACAGCUAUGGACCAUAGACAACCUUACCUCGCGCGGUAGAAGUUAGAAGAACCA